AACAUUACCAGAUGUAGGCUGUGUGCAAUACAUCCGGUAAUGUGGACAUGAACUUUAUUAAAAGAGUAUACUGCAGAUACAAUAUAAAUUAGUACGAACAAAUCAUGAAAUAUUGUUGCAUUGUGUGGGUCCCCCAUGAUUCCGAUCAUCAAUGGAUAUUGGAAAUGGUUUAAAGAUUUGUUGCUCGUUAUGAAUACCGUAAUUACAGACAGCAGAUGUAACACAGAUGUGGGUACACAUGUAAUACAAGGUGCCGUCUUAAAUAUUUCAUAAAGUCAUUCAUAUUUUAAUAGCAAUAUAUCUCAAUUUCCUUAUCCCCACUUAUACCAGAACUAGAGACCACUCUCCAACACAGAUUUUAAACCUGUAAAGAAAGUUUUCAAUUUAUCUUUAAACUAUAUAUCAUUCAUUUGAAUCUCCUAUUACAAAAUAUACUUCCAUUACAUACAGUCGAACAUUUCAGGAAACAUCUUACUCAAGAUGUUCUAUACCCACUCGUGUAAGAUGCAGUCAUUUCACUUUUAAUCACAGUUUCCACCUUAUCUAUAGUUAAACACAUUUCAUAUUGUUUCUAAUUUUAUCCACACACGCACACCAGUAAAUAAUCUUCAUUGAAACAUUACAGAUUUGUUGUAUAUGAUAUGAAUGAGGACAUACUUAUCAAGUUUACCCAGCUUGCAGUAGUGGUGUAGAUAUCUAAUAUCAAAAUGUACCAAAUAUCACAUGUUCACAUGGAUUUCAAGGAAUGGAUUUUAUUUCAGCCGAUUCAAAUUGCUGGAUAAUUUGAAGCAAUGUACAGGCAAAGAUUUGCCAUGUUGUGCUAUAGUCGCAGGGUAGUUAAAAGACUUUUAAAUAUGUCUCAACACAACGUGACUGUGGCGGUAAUUCAUGCUUGUUUUACUGUGUUCCUCAACAUCGAUCAAUGACGUAAUACACCAAGCCUCAAGACCACAAACUGAGAAUAUUCUUAAGUCUUAAAUUUCAAAUUCAGCUAACUUUUGAAAUAAUUUUCAGAAACAAAUUAAAUUUGCAGUAUAUGUUUGCAUCUGAAUUUUUGAUAAACCUGCACUUUUUUAAAACAUCUGUGCUAAAUAAAUCUUCAGAUAUAACUCAUCCAAAUUUUGACUUAAGUCUAUUCUCAGUUUAUGGUCUUGGGGCCAGAUAUGAAGUACUUAAGGGGUCGCUAUAAAACGUACAAAUGAUGCACAUGUGACAUAUUUCGGUAUGUUUUGGACUGCCAAUAUGACCCUUUCUAGUAUGUAUGCCAUUCGCAUGAUUCGUGCAUAUUUGGAAAAGAAGACCGCAAUACAGCAAAGAGGCUGUAGUGCUUUAGAUACGAGAAAAUAUGAGUUGGAAAUAGAGUUAUCCCAUCAACAUUAAGCGGUUUUCUACAUUUUGUUUAAAUAAAACGGGACUUGUUUAAUGCAUACCAAAACGUAAGACAUAUCAGAGUAUAUGGCAUUUAAUAUAUCAAACAUCGAAACAUCAAAUCAUGCAUGGGAAUGUAAACACACAUCACCUCGCAAUUCCAAAUGUAGAUAUAUUUUACAUUUGUACUUUCAGUGUAUUAUGUACAGUUUAUGCGUUAACAUGAAGAAAAAAUCCUAGAGAAAGUUUCUUGUUUUUCAUAAUCUAUUACCUUGCUAGAAAUGAAGAAUCUUUUUUCGCCAGUUUAGUACCAAGCACCCAGUCCCAUAGCGUCCAAUGAAUUAGGUCAUUAGAUGCUAAACAAUCAAUAUUUUGAAUUACUAGAUAGAGUAAAUUAAAGAUUGAGGUGAAUGAGGCGCCUCACUAAAGUCAGUUUUCGAAAAUAUUUCCACACUUGGGGACAGAUAAUACGGUUCGUAACCAAAUAAAACGCUCCUAUUUAAGUGAAGAAAUAUUUCAAUAAAACACGGGAAAACUCACUAUACAGGGAUACCCAUUAUCCAGGGAUACCCAGUGGCGGAUUUAGGGGGGGGGGGGCGCAGCCGGCGCGCGCCCCCACCUAAAAUUUUCAAACUUAAGGUAAAUCGUGGCAUCUUGUUUGGAAAAAUGUACUAAACAAUGUAAGAAGCAAUAAUUUCUUCCACUCCCGAAGAAAUAAAUGACAAAAUCUAUUGAUUUCUUGAAUUACUUUAUUGGGAGAACUUAAUUUUUUCCAAAAACCCUUAAAAUUUGCGUCAUUUUAUUAAUUUCACCUCAUAAAAAAUGAUAGAAAAUAGUACAAAAGACUAAAUAGGAGAUAUAUUUCAAGCCCUAUAAAAUCUGUAAAAUUCAGGAGCUUCCGGGAGCUUCGCUCCCACGGCCCCCACAAGGGCUUCGCCUCCAGACCCCCUGUCUCAUAAAGUGGUGCCCCCCGUAACCGCAAUUCCUGGAUCCGCCCCUGAUACCCACUAUAUAGGGAUACCCACGUCAACUAUAUAUGAUGAGAACUUGGGGAAGGGACUCUGAUCUGGUUUCCUCCAUCAAAUCGGAAAGAGGAUCUACUGUCCGAGAAAGAGGAUCUACUGUCCGAGAAAGUUGGUAUGGUGGAAAAGUUGCAUUUAAUGCGCAAAGUUCCGGAUUGAUUGAUUGUUCAAAGAUGCAAUAUAUUUCGAAAAGAAAUGUUGAAUUAACGAAAUGAAAGCAACAAACAGCGUAGCGAAAGACAACACGGAAAUAUACCCACCCAACUCCUUUGAAGAUUGAACAUACCGAUAAUCGGUGGUUUUCACACUGUUCAGUCGGGGUGGAAGAACCCCCGUGAGUAUCGUUUUCUUUGGUUAAUUGCUUGUUGAUUUUUCGUAGAAAAUGUUUCCAAACAUGAAAAGUAUCAAAUAUCAUUUGAACUUGUGGAAAUGCCUGUCGCAAUUUUUUUUUCCGGAGAUGCGCAUCUAUCAUAAGAAGAGGGGAGAUCGAAGAUGGCAUGAUAUUGUAAGUUUUCUUUGCAAGGAGUUUAAGAAGUGUAAGUAUUUAUUGUAUAUACGUACAUGUACCUAUGCAUAAAAAUUCAUCAUAGUAAUUAGUAUAUUAAUAUUUGUAUUUAAGGUGAGAUCCCCGUAAGUAGGGAGAACUUGUGUUCAAAUCUUUUGUAUAAUACACUCUUAUACAAUCGUAUGUUCAAAUCAAUCAAUCAUAUGUAUAAAAUGGUGUAUUCUAUAUUGUAUAUAUGUACCUAUGUAUAGAAUAGUAUUUUAUGACUUGAGGUUAUUACUUAUUACUUUACAAAAGUUAUCGUUAUAAUAGUAGAUGAGUUAAACUGAUUACUGCCCAGUGAAAUUUGAAUAUAUUCGCCUAUAUCCAAUGGUAUUUUGUUUAAAUCACCUACUUCAAAGAUGAUUGAUUCGCAUGUUUUCUUAGUAUUAAAAAAAAAACUUUAAAAAAUACUGGCAAUUUGAAAGUAGUGAUUACAUGUACAUUGUAAACAAAUUCGUCCAGAAUAUCCGUUGUCCAUAGCGGAAUAAAUAUUCGAUUUUUUUUUUUCUUAAUCAGAAUUAUUUUUGGAUUUUAUUUCGCUUUCUGUGUAAUUUUAAAAGCAAAUUCCAAGAAAACUGUUAUCAGUCUUUUCUGAUAAAGUUUCAUUCUUUAAGAUGGACGACUUGAACGGGAGAAAGGGGACAUUUCAUGUAGACAGUAUGAAAGAUUUCGUCGAUUUAAAUGACGUGACAAGAACAAUAAAUCCCUCCUCUGGACUGUCGAGAACUAUGAAUGAACAACACGAUAGUAAAGCUCUUUCUGACGUGAAUGACGUCACCUCCCAUGUGCGAUGGACACCAGAAGAAAAUUUUAAAGAAAUCGACAUAUUUGAAAUUCAGCAAUACGAGGACUUAAACUUGAACGUACAAUUUAGCAACAACGAUGAAGUUAUUGUGGAGAUGAAUGGUAUUGUGUACCCUCUUGACACACGAGUGGAAUUUGAGAACACUCCCGAGAAAACAUAUGUGAACGAUACAACACGUUUAGAUGACACAAGCAGUCGGCGAAAAAAGAAGAAAUGCACAUUACAUCAAGAACAACCAACUUGUCGACUUUGGGAAUUCUUACGAGAUCUUCUUUGUGAUCCACGAUACAACCCGGAUAUAAUCACGUGGUCGGAUAAGCAAAAGGGCGAGUUUCGGUUGGUCAAAUCCAAAGAAAUUGCUAAAUUGUGGGGGAGAAUUAAAAAAAACAAAGGCAUGACCUAUGAAAAACUCAGUAGAGCUUUAAGAUAUUACUACAAGACACAGAUUUUAUUACCUGUCAUAGGUAAACGCCUUAUGUACCAAUUUGGCCCAUCGUCGUAUGGCUGGAAAUAGACUGGUUUUGUCCAAUUGCGAUCUUCUUUUAAGUUUAUAGAACUGUCAGUUGUUAAGUGAUAUUUUAAGGUUGAUCAAUCCUCAUGAGAUCUCAUGGGUUUUUGCAAAAAUCUUUAUUAAAUUAAACUUUGCACAUGAUAGAAAUAGAUCUUUAAGCGGAAUUUUAUUCACUGCAAAAAAAAGUAAACUAUUGAUACUGAAAAAGUUUAUAUUUUCCAUAGAUGAUCAAUAACUGUAUUUAUAAUUUUUAAAAAAAGCUGUCAAAGGCAAUAACUCCUAUGCUGGAAAUUUCUACUGCAUCUCUAUUUUACAACGAUUUCCUUAAUAUUGUCUGAUGUUAACAUAUACUUCUGUUUUUGUGUGUCUGACAUCUUAAAAAAUUGGCUACAUACACAUUUUAUUUGGUUAUUAAUUAAAUUUAACUAAAAAAAACUAAUAUUUUUUAACAGUGAUAUAAAACUAUGAAAUUAUCCAAUGUACAGUGUCUCAUAUGCCUUUUAAGUCAUGGUGCUUAUAUUUUAAUUUGUAAUUAUGAUUGUGUAAUAUGUAACAUGACACGUUACACUUAAAUAAAAUAUUACCUGCUUACUUACUGUCAUGACGUAUAUACAUAUAUAUAUUUUUUUUAUAUUUGUGAUACAAUUUCAAUAAAGGGAAGUAAAUUAAACAUUUGUAUUCUUUUUAAUAGCAACUUAGAAAAAUAUUUCAUGUCAAGUAUGUGUCGAUUCUUUUUUCUACAUAUGGAACAAUAUAUGAUGCAAUGUCGCAGGA